CGCGAUCCAAUAGAAUGCGCCGCUGUCCCACGUGACUGGCAGCGCGUGCGACGUGGUCUGAAAAGCUUGAGGCCUGCAACCCUGGAAAAUCCAGUAGAAAAUCGACUCUUCGCUGUACGUACCGAUGUACGCGUGACGCUUACUACACCGGUGUGAUAUAUAUGCGGUCCGUUUAUACAGUGUAAAAGGUACGCGUUUUCGUUUUUCCGUUCGUAAAAAAUCGAUCGUUUAUUAAAAUGAUAAAAUCGUUUGCUGUUUCGUCGCUGCAGUAUACGAAAUGUGUCGAUUGGUCUUUUCGCUCUAGUAAUCAUUGUUCGAUUAAAAUAUUGUCGCUCGUACUCGACUAAUUUCACUGAGCUCGUAUUAAUAUUACUCUAUCAUAACGUUUAAGAUCUAUAGUGAAAAAUGGACCAAGAUGAUAAUCAAAAAUCAGAUAACAAACGCCGUCAGUCUUUAAGUAUUGACAAGGCUGCAUUUCUAUUACUCCGAAUUAAGCGGGUGUUCAAAAAAAGAAGUCAAAGCCAACAAAUUGAAAAAAGAGAUAAAGAGGGACCACGUGGACAACAACCACCUCCGCUAUUGCGAUCAAGUACGUUGCCUGCCAUUAUUGUACCCGGCCUCAACAUUUUACAUGCUCAAAUUGGACCAAAUUCCACACCAAAUGGUAAUUUUGGUGCUAAGAAAUCUGUUAAGUCCUCGACAAAUGUAUUCCGUUCUCCGUGCAUCAAAUUCUCUCCGGUUGCGUCACCUAGCAAGUGUGGAAAGCCUAACAAACAUCAAAACCAUAACGUAGCUAACCGCCGUCGAAGCAGUGACGAAAAAGAUACGCGAACUGUUUAUUUAAACGAGGAAGACGAAGAAGAUGAAAAGGAAAAAAACGACGAAGAAAAAUUAAAUGUGAACGACAUUUUGGAAUGGUUCCCAAGGUCAGUGUCCUCGGACAGCAUCGUAGAGUCCACGUAUUGUGUGGACUUGGUGAGAAGGUUACCGUCUCCAUUGUCCAUAAAGGUGAAAGGACGUUUCUGCCCCGGAACGUCAAUAUCGUCGCUGAGAAACAAUGGCUCCAGUUCGGAGACACAAGCAAAACAACGUCAACAUCACCAUCCAAAGGCACGAGAGUCUCAAGUACACAACAUCAACAUUCAUUUGCACGGUCUGUUUGCCGCCGUAGAACACGGCCAACUGGAAAAAGCGAGGAACAUAUUGACAACAUGCGAGGUUCAAGUAAACAGUGUUAACAGCGAUGGGUUAACUCCUCUUGACGUUGCUUUUCUGAGCAACAACCGAGAUCUUGUUCGACUUCUAUUGACUCAUGGAGCUACAGAAGAAACCAGUAUGAAAAACUUAGAAACUCACCUGUCAAAUUUACUCGAAGAAGCCGAAGAUCGAGUCAUAGGACUGAGGCGUCGCGGAAACCAAGAUGAUUCACAAACCAAAUCGCUAGCACUAUGGGAGAGACGGAAAAGAGGCUUGAAGAAAAUGCGUAUUGGUUUCGAACAUGCCAAGCCGCCAGAUAAGCCAGAGAAAAUUAUCCUGGAGGUAACGGGAAACGAUAACGUCAGGGUAUCUUGUAUAGAAGCUGAAUACCCAGAAAGCGCUAUAUGUACUAAAUUUAACGUUGAAUGGAGUACAUCAGAAUCCUUUAAAAACUUAACAGGGUCUAAAUGUUUACCUGCAACUGACGGAGAAAUUACCAUUAAUAAUUUGGAACAUGGAAAGACCUACUACUUCCGAUGCAGUGCAGGAAAUCUGAAAGAUUUCAGUGACUAUCAAUACCCAACUCCAUUCUCUAUCACUAUUUCAAGUUGGUGGGACGUCUGUCAAGAUUCACGUCGAUGUUCCGCAGCAAUGAAAGUUAAGAUGGACGAUAUACUUGACAAAAUGAUCUCUAUUCGUCCAGACCUACACAGGUCUUUGUUCGAAAUCAGUGGAAAUGACUGUAUAUCGAAUACGAAAAGAAGAAAGCCGCCGACGUUUAAACAGUUAUUUAGCGGCAAUACUAAACUUCAUAAGAAUCUCCGGAGAGGUGUAUACCUUUCUUGUCUGCUGUACCACGAAGACAAAGUUCUGGUGACCAACGAGGACUACUUGCCCGUGGUAGAGAUCGACGAUACGUACCCAAAAGAAAUGCUCAACGAUUUCCAUUGGUUCUACAAAAUAGCUUUCGCGUGGAAGGAUCUCAAAUGGUUUAAGGACGACUUGGAGAAAUCGACUAAUAGUUCAAUUAGCUUCAGGACGAAACUCAUCCAAGCUGUCACCCAGAUGCAAGACAUUUUCAAUACACAAGACCUAGGUAAAGUUUACUAUAAACCGAUCCGUGACUCGGACGGCACAACUGUGAUAUGUACGGUGAAUAACGUAUGUCAGCCAAAAAACGUUGUCAACCUAAAAUGGACGCCAAUGGCUAAGAUUUUGAAGAAGUCAUCUCGGUCUGACAAUCUUACCGAUCUGCUGAUAUCAUCUAUCCAAGACCAAAUCAUGUUUUACCAAACAAGCAACACCAAACUGCAGAAAGGCUUAUAUGUCGGAUAUUUACUAAUGAGAAGCUCAGUAGACAUGUUACACGUCAUGGUGCCUUUACAAAAUCCUAACAUGCCCGUUUGUUACAAGAUACGUGAUAACCCACACGUCACUGCUGAAGAAUGGCUGUGGCUUCAGCAGGGUGCCGGAGCUCCAUGCGAUUACACGUGCCUCGGAUUCGCUACGCAAUUCAAGAUGGCCACCAACCGGCUGUUCUCGCUGGUCCAAAUACCGAAAGACAAACGGACAGUGCAGCGGGUGUACACCAGUGAGGUGAUCGAGGUCGACCGGGAUGUGAGCCUCAUAAUGAUCGUGCCGCCGGCCGAGGUGGCGUGCGCGGUCGGCGAGGGCAACCAGUCGGCCGUCCACCUGCACCGGAUCGAGCUGGUGCCGCUCAGCGUACAGGUGUUCGAGAUGAUACACUUCGGCACGUACCGACCGGACAUGCUACUCCUGUACGCCCGACUUUCCAGUGUCGUGCAACUGGACUCGGACGACGCGAGGUACUCCAUCAGGCAGGCGUGGAGUUCGUCCGACCUGGAAACGGCCAAGCAGCGGCUGGACACCGUCGAGUCGCUCGAAACGGGCUUGAACGCCGCGUGGAAACAUUUACGGUGGCUGUUGGACGUGAUGAACUUUGCGCGCGAGCGGCUGUUCCAGACGCAAGUGUCCAACUCCAACUGUUCAAAGAGCGCCAGCAACAGUCAGUUGGAAAUGAAGUCCGCCAAAAGCAACUCGCUGUUACAAUUGCCCGACUCGAAAUUGGUCAAGUCCCGUGGAAGUUGGCCGGGCCCGGGAUUGAACUCGAUGCGGACACUGGAAUCCGUUUGUCCGGAGAUAAGUCGCAGCGAACAAUACCUGUCGCCGCCCGUCCACGAUCGCGAGUACGGAUUGGCUAAAAAACAAAGUUGUUCCUCAGAAACUAGCAACGACAGCAAAGACGAACCGGAGUGCAACGACGGACAGUCGUCAGAUCUAGCCGAUCAACCGUCGAAGACCAAUCACUUAUCGGCUAAGGACGUGAAUAAAGUGGACGACGAAGGGUUUUCGGACGCGACGAUGAAGAGCGAAUCACUGGUGCCCGUUCCCGCCCCCGGGAUCAUUGAGGUGUGCGCGGCGUACGACACGGGCCUGCCGCAUCCCACCAGCCUGAAGUUGCACAUCAGCCCGACGACGUCGGCUCGCGAAGUGGUCCAGCUGUUCCUGCAGCAGCUGAACAUGUCCGUGGUGGUCAAAGGCAAGACCGGACCCAUAUACCCUAGCACCGAGUUCGGUAACUUCUGUCUAGUGUCUGUGACCGGGGCCCGGGAACGGUGUCUGCGCGACGACUUCAAACCGCUUCAGUUGACUCACCCGUGGCGGGACGGCCGCAUGUACAUCCGGCACAAACAGGACGUGCUGGCCGCACUCGAGCUCCAUUCGUCCAUAUUGACGGCAACCGCCACCAAACACCACUGA